CCAAAAACUCAUAAAUAAGGUUGCAAGGAGACCCACAAAUAUCUUGAGCAGCAAUGAACAUUAAGCUUUUAUUCAUCUUCUCCAUCACAUGCUUAUGCAUGCUUUCUUCCUCCAACGGGAGGACGGGUCGCAACGACGGUCUUCCCGUUCGAGCUGUGAAUCUUGGCGGGUGGCUUGUUACAGAAGGCUGGAUUAAACCUUCCCUUUUCGACGGCAUCCCCAACAAAGAUCUAUUGGAUGGAAGUGGCGUGCAGUUGAAAUCUGUGACUGUGGGAAAGUAUUUGUGUGCCGAAACAGGAGGAGGAACAAUUAUAGUUGCAAACAGAAGCUCUGCAUCUGGAUGGGAAACCUUCAGUUUAUGGAGGAUCAACGCAACGACUUUUAACUUGAGAGUUUUUAACAAACAAUUUGUGGGAUUAGACAGCCAUGGAAAUGGGGUUGACAUUGUAGCUGUAGCAAAUGCACCUUCUCAAAUUCAGACAUUUCAUAUUGACAGAAAUCCCAAUGAUUUGAAACGCGUACGAAUUAGAGCCUCCAACGGCUUCUAUCUUCAGGUGAAGAGUGAGGAAUUAGUAAGUGCAGAUUAUGAAGGAAAUGAUGGAUGGGGAGACGAUAAUCCAUCAGUUUUUAUAUUGUCCAUAAGCAGAGGAUUGCAAGGUGAAUAUCAGAUCACUAAUGGCUAUGGCCCUCUCCUCGCUCCACCAGUUAUGAAGGAACACUGGAGCACAUAUAUAGUAGAAGAUGAUUUCAAAUUCAUAAAAGAGAAUGGAUUGAACGCAGUGAGAAUCCCAGUAGGUUGGUGGAUUGCUAGUGACCCCAAUCCACCAAAGCCCUACGUUGGGGGUUCAUUGCAAGCUCUUGACCAUGCCUUCUCCUGGGCUGAAAAAUACGGAAUCAAGGUGAUAAUCGAUCUUCAUGCUGCACCGGGCUCCCAGAACGGUUGGGAGCACAGUGCCUCUAGAGAUGGAUCACAGGAAUGGGGACAAACGGACGAAAACAUCCAACAAACCGUCGAUGUCAUUGACUUUCUAACUGCGCGGUAUGCAAAGAGCCCGAGCCUAUUCGCAGUGGAGCUGCUCAACGAGCCUCUUUCGCCGGGAGUGUCACUGGACAGACUCACCAAGUACUACAGAGCUGGUCUGGAAGCUGUACGGCGCCAUUCGCAGACGGCCUACGUCAUACUGUCCAACAGAUUAGGACCUCACGAACCUCUAGAACUCUUGGAUUUUGCUAAAGGAUUUACGAAAGUUGCCAUCGACGUGCAUCACUACAAUCUCUUCAGCCCGAUAUUCGACAACCUAAGUGUUCAACAGAACAUCGAUUAUGUCAACAUUAAUCGGACCGAACAGUUGAGCCACAUCACUGUUCCAAACGGUCCUCUCAUUUUCGUCGGGGAAUGGACGGUGGCGUGGCAAGUUGAGGAUGCAAGCAAGGAGGAUUACGAGAGGUAUGCGUCGGCGCAGCUGAGGGUGUUCGGGCAGCAACGGUUUGGGUGGGCUUAUUGGACUCUAAAAAAUGUGCAAGACCAUUGGAGUUUGGAGUGGGUGAUUAAGAAUGGUAUUAUUAAGCUUUGAUAUUCACAUUUAGAUUUUGAAACCUCACUCUUUAUCUAAAUCCAAUGAAUAAAUGGAAUUCCUUCCUGUAAUAUUGGUGCAACAAAUCGCAUCAUAACAAUUUCCCUAAUAUUAUAUAUACUUUGCUUUUGCAUAUCA